CGAGAGAUGAUCAAAAUUGCUUAUAUUCUCGUUCAUAAGUAAGCAUCUGUUGAUGGCGGAAGACGUCUCCUCAUAUGAAAGUUGAAAGACUGCAGUACAGAUUAUGUGAUUAACUUCCGAGGACAGAUAUGUCGUCAACUAUUGUUGUUACACAGCUGGAGACGGAGCAGAAUUAUGAGUUAGAAAAUGGAACGGACGAGGAAGAUGAAGGAAGAGAUGCAGAGUUGAUUGUCUACAAAGAUUGCUCUAAGGGACUAGGAAUUAAAAUCUGUGGAGGAUGUAGUGUUGAUGGUCGAGAAAACAAUGGAAUAUUUGUGAAAAGAACCUUACCAGGAGGAUUGGCAGACAUAGAAGGACACCUGCAACAUGGGGAUCAGAUACUAGAGGUAAAUGGAGAAAGCCUGGAAGGUGUCACAAAUGAAAGAGCUGUAUCAAUAUUGCGUCAGGCAUCAGCUUCAAAUAAGGUGGAAAUGAUCAUAACGAAUGAUGAACAAGCCAGAUUAGAAUUUCAAGAGAUAGUGGAGAAGCAAAAUGGCUACAGUUUUCCUAGUACACCUGUGCCAACCGAUACCCAGAGCAGACACAGCUCAAGGGCAACAACUCCAUCAGGAUAUGGGACAGACAGUUUUGGUAUUUCUCCUGAGGUGAACGGUGUGAGUGAGUCUAGUAACAUUAGCCCGAGGAACUCCUCUGGCUCCAAGAUUAGUCCAAGGGAACCAGCUCAGAUAAGGGAGAGAUUGAGUGAUCGAGGCCAGGACCAAGUAAUGACUAAUGGUGUGUCCUCAUCACAUCCAAAGGCUGCUGCCAGGAAGAUGAUACCAAACAUGGCCUCAACACCACAGGUCAAAGGGAUGACUGGUGCUGUUGAGAUGUCUUCCCUUUUUGGAACAGAGGAGCCAUCUCCUGUACAAGGAGUAAGUGCCUUCAACAUGCCUGGAUCACAGACUGAUGUUGGAAACUCUCUCUUCAGUUCUCACCCUGGUGGUCAUCAAUCGAAGUCCAAUGUCUUGUCACAUUCUCGAAAGCUUUCACUGGAUCCUCACGUCAGAUUAAAGAUAGAGAAACUAGAAGUGGCACUAAGGUAUUUAGGAUUGGAUCCAACACAGGAACAGCAUAAGCAGAUGAGAGAGCAACUUAGAAUUGAUGCUACAGGUUCUGUGAACUAUGGAGAUUUUGUGGCAGUAGCCAGGAAGGUGUUCCAGGUUGAGUUGGAAGAGAAGAGCAUUGGUACAGGAGCAAUGUUGUUUGCUUCUUGUGAUCUCACCAAUAUUUUAGAACCACCAGCAUUUAAUCCUGAGUUAAGUGUUAUCACAGACUUUGGAGAAAACAACAAUGAAGAUCUGAUAACACUUCAGCAGGAAAGAAAUGAGCUCCGAGAGGAAGUGAAAAGAUUGAAGGCAUUAUUACAAGAAAAGGAAUCAACCUGCUUCAAGGCAGAAGAGGAUUUACAGAGCAUCAGGAAAAGGGCACAAGGAGCUAUAGAAGAGACAAAGUCACUGAAGACCAAGGUCCAGCUGGCGGAGCAGGCUCAAAGGGCAGCUCGAAGUAUGGAACAGGACUAUGAGGAGGUUGUACAACUCCUGGAGAACGAGAUCGCUAAACUGAAGACACAUGUUAAAGGCCAAAAUGACCAGAGCCCAUCUAUGCAGCAGAAGAUUGCAGUGUUGAAUUGUCAGCUGAAAAAAUCUGAAGCUGGAAAGAAAGCUUACGAAGUAUCUACAGAAAAACUUCUUCAAUUUGCAGAGCAUGUUCAUGAAACCAUAACAGCUCAGGGCAACUCUCUUGGAACCAAAUCACAAGGAGAGAAUGCUAGAGGGAACAGGCCACCUGGCUAUCUCGGGAAACAUAAAAAGGCAUCACCUAAAACACUUGCUGCUGAAGCUAAGGAAGUGGUCCAGGCUGUCCGGGCCAUCAUAGAGUCAGAACCUUUACCGUAUGGCUGGGAGGAAGCCUACACGGCAGAUGGCAUGAAAUACUACAUCAAUCAUAUUACACAAGUAACAACAUGGUCUCAUCCGAAGUCUGGAGUACAGCAGUUUGACACUAAACAGGAAAAUAAAGCCAGACAGAAGGUUCCAGAACCUCCAAAGCUGUCGUAAUGUCCAAAGGCCUUCAAGUCUUCCAAGUACUCACAGAAUCUGACGACCCAGGAAUCUCCCAAGUCCUCAAAGUAUCUAAAGGUUCUGGAAUCUCCCAAGCUGUCAAAGUUUUCAAAGGCCUUCAAGUCUUCAAAAUCCUCACAGUAUCUGACGACCUAGGAAUCUCUCAUGUCCUUGUACUAUCUGAAGGCCUUGGGAUCUCCAAAGUCUUCAGUAUCUGAAGUCCUUCAAAUCUCCCAUGUCCUCAUAGUUUCUGAAGGUCCUGAAAUCUCCCAUGUCCUCACAGUUUCUGAAGGUCCUGGAAUCUCCCAUGUCCUCACAGUGCCUGAAGGUCCUGGAAUCUCCCAUGUCCUCACAGUGCCUGAAGGCCCUGGAAUCUCUCCUGAUACCCAUAUGUCCUGGAGAAGGUGCUAACCUUGUAUACAUCACUCAUCGACCACUGGUCCAUUAUCUUUGACCAAUGUCCUUACAAAGGAUCUGAUGAAAACUUGUGUACUGUGUAACAUUAUCAGUAACUUAUAACCAGGUUUACAUAUUAUCAUGUAUACCCUUGAUACUUGUAACUCCCUUCUAAGUCAUUUAUAAACUCCCGACCUCUCAGGCCAUUAUGGUUAAUCUGCAAUGGUAUUUAUACACAAAUCUGUGGAUCCACCCUGGUGACUGGCUGAAACCAAAGAGACUGUUAAAUCUACUGAUGACUGUGUAUGGAUCAUUUCUGAUUCAUUGUAAUGUUUGUUAGUCUCUGAUAUGUAAUCUUGUAGUAAGGAACUGUUGGUGACUGUCAGUAUCAAAAGAUAGUGAGAAUCCACUUAAUACAAUGGUUGUGUUUUAGAUGUUUUUAUACAUGGAUAUGAUUUGAAGCCAUAUUUAUUAGCAUUAAUCGUGAGGUUAGUAGUCUUCCUGUCUGAUUUCUCACGGUGUAUGUAUUUACUUUGUGAGGAAAGAAUCUGUUUAAAGCAAAUUUUUUUGUGAAGUAAUAUUCUGAUCUUGGUUGAGAUCGAUUGGAUUAUAUUAGACAAUGGUGUCUAUGUUUACAAUGAAUUGUUUUAGUGAGUUGAGUUUUGGAGUAGAGAAAAUUAACAACAUGCACUCGGUUAGUAACAUUUGGUUGUGGAGUUGGUAUAACACAGUAGCUUCAUCAGUACAAAUUAUCUACUGUCACUGUUCUUACUGUCUGCAUAGCUACUUUAAACAUGAAGCCUAUUUCUACAUAGUGAGAUUGCAGUUUUGAGGUAGUUCAUCCUUGUGUGCUUAUACCUGUAUGGUCGUGUGUACAGUGUGCUGUGAGGGAUGUAUAGGUGGGCCAUUGUGCCCACAUGAAUGGUUAUACAUGUAUCUGUGUGCAAGUUCUGUGAUAAAAAGGCUAGUGAUUUCAAACUAUUUAUAUAUGCAUUUGUAUUCAAAAUACUAUAUAUCUUUUGUAUUAAUCAAAAUCUUAAUAUCUCCCUUUUUAAAAUUUUCAAUAACGAUAUGAUUUUAGCUGCAUUAUCUUAAAACAAGUACUUUUUCAUGGCUAGCUGAUAGGGAUGAAUUUAAUGUAAAGAAACUGACAGUUAAGCAGAGAAUUUUCCUUACUAUGUACAAUAUGUACAUUUUUUAUAUUAUUUUUAUUGUUUCACAGAGUUGAAAAUAUUUACUAUAUGACAACCAUACUGCCAUUUGAACAAGUUUUGCCAAACGUUGCUACCCUUUAAAAUCAAUGUUUUUCAAAUUGAAUAUGUAGUGUACUCCACAAGCACAAGGAUAGUUUUUGGUAAAAACUUAAUUUUUACUUUGGAAGGUGGGGUGUAUUACAAGCUUAGGGUAAGUCUGCAGUUUA